AUGACAAAGGAAGAUGUUGAAAAUGUCCAUUCGGCUAGAUUACUUGAAGAUGUUCACAAAACAAGUACCGAUUAGCAUAGCACAGAAGAUCAUGAAUAAUCUCAAUAACCUAUAACUGACCAUCAUGAAGAAGUAAAUUAUCACGGAAGAAUUCUUGAGAAUAAGAAUUUGAGGUUACUACUUUCAGACUCUUAAGUAACUAAUACUAUAGUCACUGAUUAUCACACUACAAAUCAAGUAAAUGUGAUAAAUGGAACUGGCACACUCGCUUUUUGGAAUUCAACAGGAGAUAUAGGAUUAUUUAAACUUCUACAAAUGCACAUUCAUGCUCCUUCGGAGCAUACUUUUAACGGUAAAAAUUAUGAUCUAGAGCUACACUUAGUUCACAGAAAAUUCGGAACAAAUAUCCUCUCUGUACUUGCCUUGUAUUAUGAUGUGAAUGAAGGAGGAAACAAAGAAAAUGAGUUUAUAGAGUCUCUCAAGUUAAAGGAACACAAUCCUCAAGUAGCUUUAAUUCCAUUGUAGGAAUAAAUAGAAGCUGUUGAUGUAUCUAAAAUUAUUCAUUAUAAAGGCUCAUUAACUACGCCUCCAUGCACUGAGGGUGUUAACUGGAUAAUAAGUCCUAAGCCUUUCCAUAUUUCUGAAGAAUAAAUGGAGAUUAUCAAUCAUCAUUGGAAGAGUGACAAAACGUUUGCGAAUGGCAAUGGGAAUAAUAGAUAAGUUCAGGCUUUAAAUGAUAGAGUAAUUUAUUACCACAUACUUGAUCAUGCAUUAGUGAACAAGAUUUAAGUUUCAUUGUUAGCUUUUGUCUUUUUGAUUUCUUAUUUUUGA